AUGGCCUCUGCGGCAGACAAGGCGUAUCAGGGCAGCCUGGUGCUCCUCAGCUCCCUGUCCCACCUGACAAAGACUGACAUCGCGUCCUUUGAGGCGGAGGCGGCGCGGCUGAAGCAGGAUGCCAGCGCUCUCCUGAGCCUGGUGGACACCUCCAUGGCACAGCACAGGCAGCUGCAGAGCCGCACGGGGCGCGGGGAGGAAGAAAUCAAGCGGCUGCUAGAGGCCGAGAGAGCGAUGCUGACGCAGCUGCUGUCCCGAGCCAACCUUGCCAAGAGCACAGCCCUGCAAGCCGUGAGCGCUGGCAACACCACCUUCUACGAGGUGGAACAGAUCCUGAAGAGCCUCCGGGAGUUUAACCUGCAAGCAGAUGACAAGAGAAGGGAAGCUGAAGACGCCAUGAGGAGGCUACCAGUUAUCAGCAGCAUGGUCACAAGUGCCAGGGAGAAGACGGACCGAGCUGAAGCGAUCCUGGGCAGUGCCGCCUCCGAAUCCAAGGCGGCCAGCAGCGCGGCAGGGGAAGCAAAGGAGAUCACCAUGGGGAUCCAACAGCGGAUCCUGCAGAGAUAA